GGUUUAUGUAGCGAGCAUUUCGUGCAUCAUUUUAGUCGCCGAUGCCACCAGAUGACAGCGUGGAGAACCUUAAAAAAAGAGGACCUGCACAAGGGAAUAGUGAUUUCCUGUACAGCGGAUGGUGACAUGGAAGUGAGAUAAGAAUGGAAUUUCUUCCGUUCGGAUCAGAUAAAAUGGGAAAACCGAGACUUUUUCGCAUCUUCCUGAUCCUGGGCUCCCUGUUUAUGAUCCUGCUGAUUAUAAUUUACUGGGAUGACGUUGGAGCCACUCAUUUCUACCUGCACACCACCAUCUCUGGGCCCCAUUCCUCUCGCAUCCCCCCCGAAAACCAAGCCAGGGUCAGACACAAAGCGGACGACGACAAGGGGAACGUCUUCCUCUCUGACGUUGAUGCCUUCAUCAACCAGUUCCUCGAGGGCACCUCCGAGCCCAGUGAGCAGACGCAGGAGGGUACCCCCGGCUUCCGCAACCAGUCAGGUGAGGCGGGGAAGCCCGAGGAGAAAUUUGUGCCACGACGAGAGUGGAAGAUCCACCUGACCCCCAUUUCUGCUGAGAAAAGGCAGCGGCAGGAAGACAGGAAGCAGACCCUGCGAGACCUUUGCAGCAACAGCACAAUAGACUUCCCUGGGAAGAACCGGACAUUCGAUGACAUUCCCAACAAGGAGCUGGACCAUCUGAUCGUGGAUGACCGCCACGGGAUCAUCUAUUGCUAUGUGCCCAAGGUGGCGUGCACUAACUGGAAACGCAUCAUGAUCAUGCUGAGUGAAAGCCUACUUGUUGACGGCGCCCCCUAUCAGGACCCCAUGGACGUUCCCCUGGAGCAUGUCCACAAUAGCAGCAGCCAUUUCACCUUCAACAAGUUCUGGAAACGCUAUGGCAAGUUCUCCCGCCACUUGAUGAAAGUUAAGCUCAAGAAGUACACCAAGUUCCUGUUCGUCAGGGACCCCUUCGUGCGACUCAUCUCAGCUUACAGGAACAAGUUUGAGCAGGAGAAUGAGGAUUUCUAUCGGCAGUUCGCCGUCAUCAUGCUGAAGAAAUACGCCAACUACUCCGAUCCCCCUGCCUCUGUCGUUGAUGCCUUUUCUGCUGGUAUCCGUCCAUCCUUCUCAAACUUCAUUCAGUAUCUGCUGGACCCCCUGACGGAAAAGAAGAUGCCAUUCAACGAGCACUGGAAGCAGGUCUAUCGCUUGUGCCACCCUUGCCAGAUAAACUAUGACUUCGUGGGAAAGCUGGAGACUUUGGAUGAGGAUGCCGAGCAUUUGCUUCGGGUCCUGCGGGUCGACAACAUCGUACAGUUCCCCUCCAGUAAACACAACCAGACAGUUGUCAGCUGGGAAUGGGACUGGUUUAACAGCAUCCCACACAAAUGGAGGCAAGACCUGUACCGGCUUUACGAAACAGACUUUAAGCUCUUUGGGUAUCCAAAGCCAGAGAAGCUACUACAGAAGUAGACAUGCCUCUGUCAGCGUUUGUGUGGGGCUGCAGUUUUGUUUAAAAUAUAGAAAUACUGUAGCAUUACAUCCCAUGGUCGAUAUAAAAUUUAGGUUAGAAUGCCGAGAUUGAGGUCACAUUUUUCCAGUUCAAGUGAAUACUAUAUUUUAAUAAGAUUGUGGCACUUUCUUGUGCCACCCGGACUAUGUUUUCUACAUGGAAUAAAAAGGGUCAAACUGAAGAACGCGGGGCUUUCUGCUACACGCCUGCGAUACCACUCACGUGACAUGGAUCGAAAAUUUACCGCUCAAGCACAGGAGACAAGGAGGGAUAGGAAAGACGAUGGCAUGAAAUGGGUGUUGAAAUGGCGUGUUUGCCAUGUAUGUAUGCAUGUAUAUGUAUGUAUGUA